AUGCAAAGGCUGCUGAUACUAUUGUUCGGUUUGAUGUAUCACAUACGUGCAAUGCACGUUCCAGAAAAAAACCAUACCUCUAAACAGUAUUUCGCUAUCGAGUCUCUUAAAGAUGUGGAGACACUAUUAUCUAUUCACACUGACUGGAGAUUCGAGCAUAAUGUUCGAGGCCUUUCCAAUCAUUAUGUAUUCUCAAAACCCAUCCAAAAUAUUGGUAAACGUGCCACAAUUGAAACAGACCCGAGUGUAGUUAUCAGUUUCCAUGACUUACCACCCAUUCAGUUAGAGAAGAGAUUACCCAUUGGGGACUCCAGUAUGGAAAUGAUUGAAGAAGCAAGAAAGAAUUUCAUGAUUGAUGAUCCAUUAUUCGAUGAACAAUGGCACCUUAUCAACUCCAACUACUUGGGUAAUGAUGUCAACGUAACUGGCUUAUGGAAAGAAAACAUUACUGGAAAUGGUGUUGUAGCAGCGUUAGUAGAUGAUGGAUUGGAUUUUGAGAAUCCUGAUUUAAAGGAAAACUUUUGUGCUGAAGGUUCAUGGGAUUUCAACGACAACAAUCCACUCCCAAAGCCUAGACUCAAAGAUGAUUAUCAUGGCACUCGAUGUGCUGGUGAGAUCGCCGCCAUUAGAAAUGACGUAUGUGGUGUAGGUGUUGCUUUUAAUGCCAAGGUAUCGGGUAUCAGAAUUCUCUCUGGACAAAUCACUGCUGAGGAUGAAGCCGCUGCUUUAGUCCACGCUUUGGAUGUAAAUGAUAUUUACUCUUGUUCAUGGGGUCCAUCUGAUGACGGAAGAACUAUGCAAGCUCCAGACGAUUUAGUAAAAAAAGCUUUAAUUAAAGGUGUGACUGAAGGUCGUGAUUCGAAGGGUGCUCUGUAUGUAUUUGCUAGCGGAAACGGUGGCAAUUUCGGGGAUAAUUGCAAUUUUGAUGGGUAUACUAAUUCAAUAUUUUCCAUAACGGUUGGUGCAAUUGACUGGAAAGGAUUACAUCCUCCGUACUCAGAGUCUUGUUCAGCAGUUAUGGUAGUGACUUAUUCAUCUGGCUCCGGAAAUAGUAUCAAAACCACAGACUUAGAUCAAAAGUGCGCAAGCACCCAUGGUGGUACUUCAGCAGCAGCUCCGCUUGCUGCCGGUAUAUACACACUCGUAUUGGAAGCGAAUCCAAAUUUGACAUGGAGAGAUGUUCAAUAUCUAUCAAUACUCAGUUCAGAAGAAAUAAAUCUACAUGAGGGAAACUGGCAGAUGACAGCAAUGGGCAAACGUUAUUCUCAUACUUAUGGUUUUGGUAAGUUAGAUGCGUACAAAAUUGUUGAUAUGGCUAGGAAUUGGAAAAACGUAAACCCCCAAGGAUGGUUUUUCCUUCCAAGGGUAACUGUCAAUCAAUCUUCAAACAAGUCAGAAGAAACAAUAGAAUCUGAAGUUAACAUUACAGAAAAAGAUAUGAAAGAAAACAACUUAAAACAUAUUGAACAUGUAAGGGUCACCGUAGAUAUCAGUGCUCCAUGCAGAGGACAUAUACUAAUAGAUCUUGUAUCCCCUGAUAAUGUUGUUUCAACAUUGGCAACUCCUCGACGUCUAGAUAAAGAUCCCUCGGGAUUCAAAAAUUGGACUUUUAUGUCUGUUGCGCAUUGGGGUUCAAAAGCCAACGGCAAUUGGAAAUUAAGAGUAAGAAGUACAGAAGAUGAUGAACUUGUCACUUUACACUCUUGGAGAAUGAAAAUAUUCGGUGAAACAAUAGAUGGUGCCGAAGCCAAAGCAUACACUUUUGAAGAUGAAAAGGAGAAUGAAUACCCCUCGAACAUAGAUUCUUCCACUACAGAAACAACAACUGCUACGUACAGCAGCUCUGCCAGCACAAUGUCGAGUUACAGCAGUAUUUCAGGAUCUGCAGAUGUAGUGUCCAGCACUCCACUUCCAGAUGAAGGUACUCACGGACCUAACAAACUGUCAAACCCAGAAAAGGCUGUUCAUUUGUACAUUGGAAUAUUCAUCGUUGGUGGUCUAAUACUUGUUAUAUAUUAUCUCUUCUUCUUAAAGAGUAGAAGGACAAUUAGACGUUCAAGAGCGGAGGCAUAUGAAUUUGAUAUUAUAGACACGGACUCUGAAUAUGAUUCAUCUAUCAAUAGGACAGAAUCAAUUUCUGGAGAUACAAAUGAUGCAACACUUGAAAACUUCGACUUUGGAAUAGAUGAUGAUGAUGAUGAUGGAAACUUUUCAAACAGUCAGGAGGAUCUACGUAACCCAUUUACGAAUGCAAGUACAGAUUCUCACUCUGAUUCCGCCGACCAUACCACAGGACUUUUGCACUCAAAUGACAAAGAACCAAAGUAA